AGGAAAGGAAGAGGGAGGGAUAGAGGAAAAGAACAGAAGGGAAGAGCCUCUUUUUCUCUUGUAUAUGUGAGCGUGACAGCUCUCGUGGAAGGGUCUACUGAAGUCGGGCCUUGUGGGAAAGCAAACAAUGGUGGACAUCUCGCCUUGCCAUCACUGACUGCUAGAAGAGAGGUGUUGGGUAUUCGAGCUCAGGAUGAUUGAGAGCUGCACUGCACCAAAGUCGGAGCAGAUAUGACAAUGGUGCUUUUUUAGCAGCCUGGAUCUCAGACAGGGAAUUUUGGAGUUGGAAAACCAAGAGAGGAAAACAUUGUGGUUUGUGAGUCUGGCUUUGGAAUAAAAGGAAAGCAGAUGUGACUACAGACUGAGCCCAUGGCAUCCCCGGAGUCCCUUGCCCCACAACCUACAGAGUCUAUGCCAACUGGUGUGGCACAGACCCCCCAACAAGAGGAGGAGGAGGAUGAUGAAGACGAGGAGCAGGGAGAGGAGUUUCAGUUUGAGGAUAGUGAAGACGAAAACAAUGCUGGUUCAAACCCUGGGGAAAUUAAGGAUGUUGUAGCUUCACCUGCUGUUACUGGACUUCAGGAAGUUGCUUCAGGUCACAGCACAAACUUGAAUGCACUUUACAGUCAAGCAGUGAAGAGUUUUCCAGUCACUUUUCAUGAGGAAUUAAAUGUGACCUCUGCUGGUCAGGGGGAUGAAACUGUUCCUCAACAUCCAGACAUAACAAACUCUGAUAUAGUAGUCAGGCAAUCGCCUGAUGGAAAUUCUGCACUUUUUGAGCCAAGAAUCACAGAGGAGGCGAAAUACAUGUGGAAGAAAAACACAAAUACAAAUGAAGGUUUACUUUCAAGACCUGAAUGCUACUAUACACCUGUCAUGAAGAAGGAUGUUCGCAUGUUUGCUCAGACAGCUCAUGCACCAACUUGCUCACAGGAAUGGUACAGUGUGAUGUCAGAACUCACAUUUCGACUGCACAAAGGAAAGCCUGCUUCUGAAGCAGAUGGAGGCUUACCCUCUUCUUCCUCAGAGGCAUAUCCAAGUCCUCCCCCUGACACAGAGGUGAUAUACGAUGAUGUCCCAUGUGAGAAUAUCCCAUCUCCUGAUGCAGACGACGAUAUGAUCUACGAGGACGUGCAGAGGCCUGAGGAAUCAGCAGAGGGGAUGAAUAAUGGCUGGAGCUCCAGUGAGUUUGAGAGUUAUGACGAGCAGUCGGACACCGAGACCAAGCCACGGACAACCAGCAAGAUUUCUCCUGAUGUACGCCGAAUAAAGGAACGUUGUGUCCGGACCAAACGUGAACUGGCCAUGCGAUUAGGGGCUCGUGACGUCAGCCAGAUCAAACAGGCCUAUGACAUCAAGGUUCAACAGCUCAUGAAGGCUGCCCGGAAUGGCACUAAAGAUGGACUGGAAAAGACUAAAAUAGCCAUGAUGCGCAAAGUGUCCUUCCUGAAUAAGAAAGAAAAUACAGAUGACACAGAAGAUGACUCUGGUUACUUGGAUGUGACAGUUUCUGAAGGGAAACAUCCACCACCUCAACUUUCUCCUAUGCCAGAGGGUCUCACUAGUCAACAGACUGUAAGACGUCACAUCCUUGGCUCCAUUAUCCAGAGUGAGAUAAGCUACUUAGAUUCCCUCCGAAGGAUUCUGCAAGAUUACCAAAAGCCUUUACUGGAGGCUGAGCCACAUAUCCUGAGCAACAGAAAGAUCCAGCCCAUAUUCUACCGAGUGAAAGAGAUCCUGCAGUGCCAUGCCAUGUUUCAGAUCGCUCUAUUCUCCCGUGUGGCAGAAUGGGACCAAGUAGAGACCAUUGGGGAUCUGUUUGUUGCCUCUUUUUCAAAAUCAAUGGUUCUGGAUGUCUACAGUGAUUAUGUCAAUAACUUCACAAAUGCAAUGGCUCUCAUCAAGAAAGCCUGCAUGUCCAAGCCUGCAUUUCUGGAAUUUCUUAAAAAAAGGCAGGCUGUCAGCACAGACAGGAUCACCCUUUAUGGCCUAAUGGUGAAGCCAAUCCAACGUUUCCCUCAGUUUAUACUUCUCUUACAGGACAUGCUGAAGAAUACUCCUUCUGGGCACCAGGACCGGCUGCCGCUGCAGCUGGCUCUGACUGAGCUUGAGACCUUAGCCGAGAAGCUGAAUGAACAGAAGCGUCUUGCAGAGCAACUCUCUGAGAUCCAGCAGCUAACACGCAGCAACAGUGAUCGUGCCCUUAGCAAGCAGCUGAACUCAGAUCAGAAACAGCUGAUUCUUUGCGAAACCCUGAUUGAGACAGUGUAUGGGGACAAGGGGCAGGUUCUCAAGUCCAAGGAGCGCAAAGUCUUCCUCCUCAACGACAUACUGAUCUGUGCAAACAUCAAUCUCAAAUUCACUGAAAGAGGCAUUGAUUACUACAUUAAUGAAAGAAGGGGGCUUCCAGAUAUCAGCAGCCUGGUUCCUGCUGGCCCAAAGUACAUGGUGAAAUGGACAGCUCCUCUGCAGCAUGUUCAGGUGGUGGAGGUGGGUCAGGAGAUCUCACAGAAGAAUGACAGUGUUUACCAGCCAAGCGGGAACAAACGCUUCAGCUCUGCCAACUCACAAGGCAAACUGUUUCUGGGGCCACCCAAACUGUACCAGGAACUGCAGGAGCUUCAGCAUGACCUCUCAGUGGUGGAGGAGGUCACACUCCUUGUGGGAACACUGCAGGGUUCCUAUCAGAAUCUUAACACAACAGUGGGGCAGGACUGGUGCCUGGCUCUGCAGAGGCUCAUCCGCAUGAAAGAGGGUGAGAUCCAGUGUGCCAACAAGUGCCGCUUGCGGCUAAUGGUGCCCGGCAAACCUGACAAGUCUGGGCGUCCUGUCAGUUUCACAGUGGUUUUUAAUACUCCCAGUCCAAUCAGUAAAAUCUCAUGGGUCAAUCGCUUGCAUCUUGCUAAAGUCGCUCAAAGGGAAGAGAACUUGCCUGGUUGGGUGUGUGCAGAGGAUGAUGAGAAAACUAAACCACCAUUCUGGUGUCCACUCCUGGCUUGCCGUGUGCCUGUGUUCUCUCCAAAAUCUCAAAAUCUAAAGCUCCAGAUGGCCCUUCACAACCCAGUCCAGUGUGCUCUGUUGGGUUUCUCUGUAGCCAGCACCUCUCUGCCUCAGGGCUAUCUUUGGGUGGCCAGUAGUGGAGAUGAAUCUUAUGGACAGGUGGAGAUCUUCUCCCUGAACAGACCCACUCCACGCUCAGUGAAGAGUUUCCUUCUGGCCUCCCCUGCUCUGAGCAUUGAAUAUGUCACGGAGGCCAGCGAUGAAGAAAAUGAAGGACAAGUAUCCGAAGGAGCUGCCAGAAUUGGGAACACCAUCUGCGUGGGGUUACAAGAUGGCAAUAUCCUAGUUUACGGGAAUGUGGAUACCGCUGCCCAGUGCCUCUUGACCUUUCAAAACCCUGAAGGUUGUCCUGUUCUGUGCCUAACACACACACACAACUUCCUCUUCGCUGGACUUACUAAUGGCAAAGUUGCAGUUUAUAGCAGAAAGAUUACAGAAGCUCUGUGGGAUCCAGAUUCCAGCCAACUGCUUGUGAUUGGAUAUGCGCCUGUGCUUAAACUCCUCAAUAUAGAUGAGUGCGUGUGGGCUAGCUGUGCAAACCAAGUGGCUGUGAUCGACGGCUGUAAUCUCACCACACAGAGCUUUGAUGCUCAUCCAGACCCCAUGGUGAGCGUGACGCACAUGGUACGAGCUGGUGGAGGAGUGUGGAUGGCGUUUUCAGAGGGCUCGUCACUUCGGCUCUUCCACACUGAAACUUUAGGGCACCUGCAAGAGAUCAACAUCUCAACACGCUCCACAUAUCUGAGCCCAGGUCAGACUGUGUGUGUCACCAGCCUGCUCAUCUGCCAGGGGCUCUUGUGGGUGGGCACGGCCCAGGGCAUCAUCAUCACCCUGCCAAUGCCAAAGUUGGAGGGCAUCCCGAAAAUAACAGGCAAAGCAAUGACCUCCCUCAAUGCUCACAGUGGCUCUGUGGACAUUCUAGUGGCUACGUCAAGUACUUUGUCCCCCGACCUUUUAAAGCGGGACUCUCUGGCUGACGGGAAUGAUUCAGGUAGUGGAGGUGAAGACUUGAUCCACUUGUCUCAGGAGUCACUACAGCAGCAGGUAGAUGGCUUGUCUCAGAAGGACGCUAAACCCAAAGGACUGCUGCUCCAGUACCACCUCCGUUCCACCUCCCAGCUCCCUGGAAAGCUUCUGACUGCUCAGCCUGAAGCGGUAUCCAAUUCCUCCCAGGAGUCCCUGGAGCACACUACAGAGGAUGGUUCUAUCUAUGAGCUAACUGAUGACCCCGAGGUUUGGGUCAAGGGACCAGGACCAUCCACAAAGGAUGGAGCACGAAAAGAAAGGGUCAUGUCAUUUGCUGUUAUAUCAGGAGGAAGAGGAUUCCGCAGACUCAACACAGCUGGCUUCUCCUCUACUUCCUCUGGAGCCAAUGAGACUACCCUUAUGGUCUGGCAGCUUCCAUUGACAGUCUGAAACAAUGACAUAAAGACACCGAAGUCUCUUCAGCAAAACAGGAAAUUGAAGAUAGGCAAACAGACCAAAAUUUCGUCCAACCAGUUUUAUCAGGACAGUAGUCCACGUCGUCACCUAGCUUCAACAUCUAGACCAUUAUAGCACACAUCAUAAAUAUGUAGAAUUUUCAGAUACAUCAAAAAAGAAACAUUUCAAAAUGUCAAAAUGAUUACAUGUAAUUAUAUGCCCAAGCUGCAUGUUGUUCUUCUAGAUGGAAACCAGAAGUCAUUGUGAAUAUAUUUAAAAGGGUUGUGACUCAUCUAAUAUUUAUGCAUAAUGAAAAAGUGUAUUUGCUGAAUGUAGUACUGGAACAGAUGCAUCCAGAUGUUGUACAUGGAAAGAAGUAAAUGUCAACAUCUUUGAGUCAUUCUAGUUCAAUUGUUAUUUUUACAUUUUCCAAAAUGUGAAUGUGAUAAACUGAUUUUUCACUUGGCUUAGGUACUUAAUAUUUCUGGUACAUAUUUCACACUGUGUCACUUUGUUUUUAUUUGUUUUGUUUUUUUUAAAGAAGAAAUAAAUGUGUUUAUGUUCAUUUAUAAAUAUGUAUUUUUGUACUUAUUCUGUAUUUUGUACUUAUUUUGUACUUAUUCUGAUCUGAUCUCUAAUACAGGUCAUUUUUAAUUCUCAA